CGAAAGCGAAACGGACAUUUUUGAGCGGCCUUGCAGUCCCAUGAUAAUUGCCUAGUACUUACAAUGGCCCCCAUCCGUCCCAAGUCCAAGUCCAAGGCCUUGAGCUCCUCUUCAGUGAAAAAAGCGUCUUCAGCAGGGGAGGAAGCUGUUGAUACAUUUGAUUCCUUCGACUCUGGAUUUCAUACCUCGAAAAAGGACAAACGCAUCAUUAAGCACUCAGCAUUUGUCUCCAAGAUCGAAAAAUCCCGCAAGAAACCCCUCAAAAGGCGUCGACCGUCGAAAAAACUCGUCGCCAACCUCGAUUCUCUCGCUGAUGCAUUACCCGACGCCGAUGAUGAAGCCCCCGAAGACGCCCAAGUGAACAUUAUCCGACAUAAAAGUUUGAAGCACAGACCCGGCGCUAUGAAGCGGAAGGAGAAGCUUGACAAGGUUGAGCGCGAUCGGUUCGCCAAGAAUAUGGCGCAAAUGGCGACUGGGUUGGCAGAUCCAAAGGAGCCAGCUGCCAGCACUGUGGAUGCCACACAAACUUCGUCCUCAAACCGCUGGGCUGCACUGAGGAAUUUUAUCUCUCAGACAAUAGAUCAAAACCCGGAGUUUAAGAGAUGAAAACUGGAAGGGUUAGGUCAUGGUACGAACUUUGUGUACCCAAAUGAUAAUGCGGAACUAUAAGCAAAAGCGAAUGAUUACAAAGUCUAUUGAAGAAGGCCUAGUUCGACAAACGUAUCGGAGUACGAUGCAAUCUGACGGCUGGGAAAGUUGGGCUAAAUUGAGAGUGCCGGCAUCGCUUGGUACAGCAGUGGGAUCAAGCAACCUGCAUCUGCCUACUUUGAACCCCGCCUUAACUCCCUUGGAAGUCGACAUACACGGGAAAAGAAAAAUAGCAUUCAGGGUCUACCGAAUCCUUUGUCUUUCAGACUUGCAAACUACGAACAAAACAGCCACAUGACCAAAUGCCGAUAUAUAUGUACGUAAAGAUAUUGACGCGGCUUCUGGUCUAAUAACAUUCUGUUACUUUAUGUCUUCUGCUGCUAUACUCGCUAAAUCGCCCUUUUCCACGAAAUGCGCCAUUGGGAUGGAUGGUGCUGGGACAAAUGGCCAGACUGUCCACUACAAUAAGAGAAAAUGGGUCGUCACGUCACACCAAAAAAAUUCGAUCUUGUGGAAGCACUUCUCCCGUGUCCAUCGACUGGCCGGCAUGCCUACAUUGACGCGAUCAUCUUGACUGGCUGAAGGGCAACUGGGAUCCAAAUCAGCCGCUUGUCUACCCUUCCCUGGAACUGUACAUAACAAGCUCAUCGCCCCUCUCUGCGCGAAUAGGUGUAUCUGAGCGGCGCUGAAGAUAACGACAACCUUAGAUUUUCUAAUUUUCGCCUCCUUCCCCACCAGUAACCCUUCUCCGCUGGUACAAACAACCAGAGGUACAUAGCCGAACCGUGGGGUGGGGCUGGUGCUGGGGUACAGUGGAAUAAUCUCUUCGAUAUGGAAGACCUGAUAGCACCGGCUGGUAGAUUCUAGCUCAGAAGGAAGUGCGACGUCUUUGGCUGGGUACUGCGGCUAUGGCAAGCAAUGGGAACAUAGACGUUCCAUAACUCCUAUGCCCCACAGAAGCAUAAAAGGCAUCGUCGACCAACUUUCUAGUCAAUCUGGAAGAGCUCGCUGGUAUGCAAACAAUACGCAUGACAAGUCCUUGAAAACUAGCGGCUGAUCCAUAUACUCGUUAAGGAGUAGAUGGAGAUGGUGAACACGCAAAUGCCCUGAUGCGUGAUGGACUGUGACAGAGAUGAUGAGAAGGGCGCUUGUUAGGGUGUUGAUUUGUCUAAGCUCUGUGAAUUAUGAACUCCUCUCACCAU